AAUAUUCCCUAUCACCUGUGGCUCUCCUGAAAGCAUCAACCAAAAAAAACUAGUGAGGUCACUCAGACUGCUAACCCAUUUCCCUUUCGGAAAAGGUGACUUUCUUUCAGAACUCGGAAAAGUGAUGGUAGCCAUGAGAAGCAGUGUAAUCAGAUCAGUUAAUUCAGUUUUCCCUUAUUUAUUUAUUUCUCUUGAGUAAUGUGCUGUUUUAAUGCGGGGGUUGGGGCUCUGCUGAGAACCUUGAGUAAGAGAAUUUACUUUCCCUCAAGGUGAGCUGCUGCCUGGUGUCCCUGCUCGCUAUCUCACGUCUAGCGGCUGUCACUAUUUAUUAUUUCAUCCGUCCGUUUUUCCCGUAAGUGCUCAUCUAGGGCAGGGUCAUGGUGAGCUUGGAUACUAUCCUGGCAAGCACAGCGCACAAGAACAUGCUGGACAGGUGUCAGCGUAUCACAGGAGAUGCGUUCACACCUAUUAAUGAACUGGUGGGUAUAGAGAGAGUCCGUUGACUGAGGGUUGGUGUUUGGAGCUCUGCGCAUGGAGUUUGCAUGUGGUCUUUGUGCUUACGUCGGUUUUUUCUCUCUUAGUUGCUUGUGGUAUGAGAUUGUGUGUGUGACCUGAGUUUGACCUGAAUCCCAUCUAGGGUGUGUUGUGUCUGUGCUGUCUGCAGUUCACUCACUCUGACCCUAUACUGCAGUGGGUCCCAAUCCGGUCCUUGGGGACCCGCAGACAAUGUAUGUUUUUACCGGAAGCUGGGCGAGAGCAAAAAUGUGGACUGUCUGGUAGGGGACUCGGAGGGCACACAAACGUGGACCUACUGUGGCUCCCCGUGGACUGGAUUGGGAGUCGCUGCUAUAUUGGAGGGGGGUGAUGGAGAACUGUGUGUUUUAAUUGCUACACUUUUCAUUGAAACAUGCGCUGAUGGUUUUCCUUGGCUUUUUAAACAUAUAAUCUUCUGUCGAUAAUACUCAAAUGGCAACAUUGUUUCAGGGCUAUAGUGGUUGCUCUUGUACUGUUAUGCAGAAUUUCUACUGUUUUGAAGAGUGUUGUGUUUAUUUGAUCUAAGCAAAUUCUAGUGAAAGAAUCGAAUGUGUCAGCAUGCUGUGAAUCGUAUAUGUUAUCUAUUGUUAUGUAUUAUAUCGUUAAGUUAAAAUCAAAUGUACAGUGCUAGUGACAGGGUGGAUCCUUAUAGUAGCCGUUUUUGUGGCCCUUUGGAAAGAGAGUAAAAACCGGCCUCAUCUGUAGGUCAGCAGACUGGCACAGCUGUUUAAAACUUUAGUGUUGGGGGCAGUGGGGGGGGGUACUGGAAUUCGUGCGUGCUUUUUAAAAAUGGGAAGUAUUCUGGAAAUGGCAAUGAAGAGACAAAAAUCUGUAGCAACAUGGAAUUACAAACAUCAGCAAACCUCAGUAUUCCUGGAACAUUUCAUAAAAAAAAUUUGAUUAUACGCAAUGGGGGUGAGCUUCCGGCAUUUUUUUUUAUUGAUUUCAAGUUUUUUCUCUUCCUGAUUUUGAAAAAAGAAAAUAGAAACAGGUUUGGGAUACAUGGAGCCACUUUCCUGUGAGAUGACAGCAUGCUGCUGUCGUGUUAAAGCGCUGUGCGUGUUUUUGACAUAUGCCCAUCCAGUCAGUAAUGCACACCGUCACCUGUAUUUGCGCAGCCUAACCGCAAAGGCUGCGCAGUCAGCCUUUGUCUCCCGCCCCCAAGCCAAGCCCCUGGGGAUUUCAUACAAAUGAGACCACACCGAUCUGAUGGAAGCACCACUGACGGAUAAUAAAUCCAGUGUUUGCCAUUUGCACAAGUAGGAGUACAUGUACCUUGGGAUUCUUCUCUUCACUGAGCCACACUAUCCAUAGUUUGGGGCUCAUGGCACAGAGUCAGUUAACGUGCCACACCCCUGGAGCAGGGGGUUAAAGGUCUUCCUCACGGACCUACAGACAUGUGACUGUUCUGCCGAGGCUGAGAUUAAAUCGACACACUUCCAAGCACGGGCGCGGAGACUUGGCCUGCUCGGCUGCUCGUCACCCGUCGUGUGUGAUGUUCCCGUCUCCGGUAGUGGUGCCGUUGAUGCCCCAGCUCCAGUCUGUCCAGGUUGUCCCUCCUUGGAUGUUUUGAUUGCACCGCUCACCUGGACGGCCAGGUGAAAUGCCUCUUUAACUCCACAGUGGAUACAGAUGACCGUUUGCUAUGCCACCUGGGAUGGUCCUGUUCUCUACCCUCGCUGCUUCAGUGCUGCUGUCUCUUCUCCGGGGUGAGGGAAACGUGCAGGCUGUCGAGGACUACCCCUCCUUCUCCCAUGGCGGCGCCGUUUUCGAACACCUGGCCUUGCACCCCGACCCGGCGGUGGGCCGGGUGUAUGUGGGCGGCAAGGACCGCCUCUUUCAGCUGAGCAAGGCGCUGGUGCUGGAAGCGGACGCGGAGACGGGGCCCGUGAAUGACAGCAGGGAGUGCCUCCCGCCCAUCCUGGAGAGUAGCUGCCCCCAGGCCCGGAGCAGCAACAACCACAACAAGCUCCUGCUGGUGGACCCUUACAGCCAAGAGCUGAUCAGCUGUGGCAGCGUCUACCAGGGCAUCUGCCAGAAGAGGAACCUCGAGUACAUCAGAGAAGUGUUGUUCUCCACCGAGAGGCCUGUGGACACCCAGUACGUGGCGGCCAAUGACCCCAACGUCACCACCGUGGGCCUGGUGGUGCAGCUGCGGAGCAGCCAGCCGGUGCUGUUCGUGGGCCGGGGCUACACCGGCAGCCACCCACCCAUCUCCACCCGCAACCUGGCCUCCGCACCGGUGUUCUCCUACGAGGAGACGGCCAAGCUGGCGGUGGCCGGCCGGCUCCCCGAGUACGACCACCACUUCGUCACGGCCUUCUCCCGCCAUUCCCACGUCUACUUCUUGUUCUACCGGCGUGACCUCAAGUCCUCAUCGCGGGAAUACAAGACGUAUGUGUCGCGUGUCUGCCUGGACGACGCCGCCUACUACUCCUACGUGGAGCUACCCCUGGUGUGCAACUCAUCCGUAGGCAAGAGGUACAACCUGCUCCAGGCGGCACGAGUGGGGCUCCCUGGGACGCGGGGAGGCGGAGCCGGAGACAAGGAAGUGCUGCUGGGCGUGUUCGCCACGCGAGCGGCGUCCUCCAACCUGCCGAGCGAGGAUUCGGCGCUGUGCGUCUUCGACCUGGAGAAGCUGGACCGGAAGAUCAAUUCCACCCGUGACCUGUGCUACACCCGAGACGGGGGGGAGGGGGCAGCUUACAUCGAGUACGAAGUCAAAUCCAACUGCGCCACUCUGCCCGCGGUGAGCCGACACCCCCUCCGACCGGCACUCUCCCGACACAGCUGCUCAUUCUACAGGCAGCAAAGCUAAU